CCCCACCACUACCCAACUACCACAAUCACACCUUCAAACCGCCACACUGUACACCCCACGCCUCCUACACCGCACAACCCGUGCCCUCCUCCACCCAAACACCCGCAAAAUGUCGACCUUCGCCGCCCUAACCUACACGCCCGCCCAAUCCGCCGAGAUCGCGCAAUGGCAGACCACCAUCUCGCGCCUCUCCGACGAAACCGCCCGCCCCGCACUGCUGGCAACCCUGAACUCGCACCUGGCCACUCGCACCACGCUUCUGGGCGCCCUGCCCUCCGUCGCGGACGUGGAGCUAUAUAAAGCUCUCUCGCCCGCCAUCGCGAGCUGGAGCGCGGAGGAGCGCACGGGGAAGGAGGGACACCCGAAUUUGGUCCGCCAUAUGGACUUUGUGCAGGGGUCUGAUCUGUUUGGACUCGCUAUUGGAGAGGGGGAUAGGGUUAAGGUGGAUAAAGAUGAGGUGCUCUUCGUGAAGCCGCCGGUGGAUGCUAAGGCGGAGAAGGAGAGGAUUAAGAAGGAGAAGGCUGCUGCUGCUGCCGCUGCGGCGGGUGGUGCGGCGGCUGGCGCGCAAACGACACUUCCUGAUCGCAGUGGAAACGCUAAGGGACCGAAGGAGGCUGCUGCUGCUGCUGGUGGAGAGGGAGGACAGAAGACACAGAAGAAGGAGAAGAAGGAGAAGGCGCCUAAGCCUCAGAAGGCCCCCGCGGCUACGGCUCCACUGAGCCCGUCGCUGAUUGAUCUCCGUGUCGGACACAUUGUGAAGGCGAUUAAGCACCCCGAAGCAGACUCGCUGUUCGUCUCGACGAUUGCGAUGGGAGAUAAGGCUGGGACGGAUGAUACUGAGGAAGUGGAUGGUGUGGUGUGCCGAACGGUGUGCUCGGGCCUGAAUGGGCUGGUGCCGCUGGAGGAGAUGCAGGGCCGCUACGUGGUGGUGGUGUGCAACCUCAAGCCUGUGAAGAUGCGUGGAGUGAAGUCGUGCGCGAUGGUGCUUGCGGCGUCGCCGAGACUGAAGGAGGGUGAGGUGGAUAACCAUGCUGGGCCAGUGGAGCUGGUGACCCCUCCUGCGGGUUCGAAGGCGGGAGAGCGUGUGUGGUUUGAGGGAUGGACUGGGGAGCCGGAGGGUAUCCUCAACCCAAAGAAGAAGGUUUGGGAGAUGAUCCAGCCUGGAUUUACGAUUACCGACGCGUUUGAGGCGGCAUUUGAUGCCGGCGCAGUUAAGGAGCUCAGCAAGGAGGGCGAGGAGCCCAAGACGGGUCUCGGGAAGCUGGUUACCGUUGGUGGCGGUGUGUGCACGGUUAAGACUUUGGCUGGUGGCAUUGUCAGGUAAAAGGGGUGCAUAUGAGCUGAAUCGGCUGGCACAAAAGAAGUAUAAAGAGCUAUAGAAAGCCUUACAAUAAAUGUGUAGACUGCCGA